AUGGGGGUUGCGCGGGGUCUGCUGUACCUCCACCAGGACUCGCGCUUCAGGAUAAUCCACCGGGAUCUCAAGGCCGGCAACGUCCUUCUCGAUGAUGACAUGAACCCCAAGAUCUCCGACUUCGGCAUGGCCCGGAUCUUCCCCGGCGACGAGACCGAGGGCAUCACUCGAAGGGUGGUCGGGACCUAG